AUGUUGUCGGCGUUCCGAGCGCAGCCCAUCUAUGAGCUCAAACAACAAGACAAGUCCAAGAUCGAGUCGGUCCUAGCAUAUGGCGACCGACUUCUCGUAGGCCUCAGCACUGGCACACUCCGUAUAUACCGUGUCAACGAAGUCGCCGAAGCAGAUCAAGAUGCGACGCCCUCAAAGACACGCGCUGUCGAUCUGGUGCGCGAGGAAGAGAAGUUCUCAAGAAGAGCAAUACAACAGUUGGCCAUAAUCAAAGAAGCAAACAUUCUCGUCUCCCUGUCCGACGGCUAUGUCUCGAUCCACGACCUCCAGACCUUUCAAUUGCAGGAGAAGCUGGACAAGACCAAGGGCGCAACCGCCUUCGCCGUCACCUCCAACGUAAUCAAAGACCCCACCACCGAUAUUCCUUCGCUCGUCUCUCGUCUUGCUGUUACUGUCAAGCGUCGCAUUCUAUGGUGGAGUUGGCAAGAUAUGGAAUUGUCCCCUGAGGUCCAGGAAAUAACAUUACCACAUUCGCCAAAGUCAUUACUAUGGGCUACUGGUACCAAGAUGCUUGUUGGCCUGGAUCCUGGCUUCUCAAUAGUCGAUACCGAUACUCUGGCUGUCACAGAUGUCAUGAAACAGACUCCGACUGGCAGCGUCAGGUUCGGUGCUGUCACUUCUUCCGGCAUGGGCUACAUGGGCAUGGGAAGCUGGGUGCCGAAACCAAUGGCAACAAAUCUAACAAACAACAAGAUGCUCAUAGCCAAGGAUGUCAAUACCUUGUUCAUUGACACUGAUGCCAAACCUGCCGACAAACGCCAAAUACCAUGGGCUUUUGCCCCUGAAGCUAUUGGUUACUCUUACCCUUACUUACUGUCACUGCAGCAAACUACCAAAGGUGCCCUGGAUGUGCGAAGUCCGGAUACUUUGAACCUCCUGCAAACAAUCCCUCUUCCAGGCGCUUCGAUACUCCAUGUCCCUCAACCUAACAUUAGCUUGGCUCACGCUGGCAAAGGCUUCCUUGUUGCGAGCGACAGAUGCAUCUGGCGUAUGGUAGCUCUCAAUUACGAAGCUCAAGUCAAGCAGCUUGUCGAGAAAACAAAAUUCGAUGAAGCCAUUAGUCUCCUUAACAUGUUGGAAGACACCUUGCUCAAGGAUAAACAAGGUUCGAUCAGAGAAAUCAGUAUGCUCAAAGCUCAGAAUAUGUUUUCUCAGCAGAAGUACAGACCAGCGCUGGAUCUCUUUACCGAUGUUUCUGCUCCACCAAAGCGCGUUGUCUCGCUAUACCCUAAGUCUAUUGCUGGAGAUCUCUCGACUGUCGAAGAGCCUCCGGAACUCACUGACUCCGAAGAACCAUCUGGUGAAACCAGCGCUGCAGAGGAGAACUCGUCACAGGCCGAAGAUCCGGCCAAGGCUACACAGACUCCGACGAAAUCCGUACUGGGCAAGUUCAGGCCAUCUGUAAAGGACGAUUCAGAUACGGCAUCAAUUCGAUCGUUCCGCACUACCAGCGAAGCUCCCCGCGAGAAACCUGUCAGGGAUGCACCACUAACUGGCUCUGACCUGAAAGCUGCUGUCAUGGCACUCUGCUCCUAUCUAGCUCAAUCGCGUGUUCAGGUCCAGAAGUACAUGAACACUGAUGGUACGCUCAAGACUGAGUUGACCGAAGGUACCAAGCCACCAUUCAGCAAUCUAAUUGAGCUUCCUGAAGGUGCUGAAAAGGUCGACUGGCAAGCAGAGUUGUUGGAGGUCGCUAAACUGGUCGACACAACUCUUUUCCGUGCUUACAUGCUCGCUUUACCAUCACUUGCUGGACCGCUCUUCCGUCUUGACAACUUCUGUGACCCACACGUUGUUGAGGAAAAGCUCUACGAAAGUGGAAGAUACAAUGAUCUGAUUGACUUCCUCUACGGUAAGAAAUUACAUCGCGAAGCCCUGGAAUUACUGGAAAAGUUCGGACGCAACGAAGCUGCAGAAGAAGUUAUGCCUGCUCUGAGAGGUCCCGACAGAACGAUCAGUUACCUGCAAAACCUCCCAUCAGAGCUCAUCGAUAUUAUCCUAGAAUUUGCAGAAUGGCCCAUCAAAGUCGACGCUCAGAAGGGCAUGGAGAUAUUUGUCGCAGACACCAAGAAUGCUGAGGAUUUGCCUAAGGACAAGGUGCUGAAGUUCUUGGUACCAUUGGACAAGACCCUUGCAGUCCAAUACCUUGAACACAUCAUCCUUGAGCUGAACGACAAGACACCAGAGUUUCAUCAGAAGCUUGUAGACCUGUAUCUGGAGAAGUUGCGUGACAGAAAAGGAAGCAGCGAUGAAGAGCGAAACGACGCUCGGACGAAGCUGGAAGAGUUCUUGCGAAACAGCACGCAAUACCACAAACUCAAGACGUUCAACCAGUUACCUGCUGAUGACCCCGAUGUUUACGAAGCCCGAGCAAUUGUGCUCUGUGCAAUGGGUAACCACAAACAAGCCCUGCAGAUCUACGUCUUCCAGAUCUGCGACCACGAGAAAGCGGAAGAAUACUGUAACAAAAUCUAUCUCUCAGCAUCAGCAACUUCUCCAGCGCCUGUCGGCUCGAACCCCAACACCGGCUCUCAAACCUACGAAAAGAGCAGCAUGGCUGCCGACCCUGAGGAUCAGCAACCCAACGUCUACACUACACUGCUCUCUUUAUAUCUCAAACCACCGAGCCCGCACAAGGUACAAUGGGAGCCUGCGCUGCAACUGCUGUCAAAACAUGGUCCCAGACUCCCUGCUGCCAACACUUUGGACUUGAUGCCCAGUGAUCUGCAAGUCAGCGAACUGUCUUCUUACUUCCUCGGUCGCAUCCGCAGUGCCAAUACCGUAGUUCGUGAGGAACGUAUUCUUACUGCUCUUCAAGCUGUGCUCAAGACGAGUUUGAAUUAUGAUCUCGCCGUUGGACCUGAGCAUAUGCAACAAAAGGGUGGAAGGAGCAGAAGAGUUGUCAUCAGAGAGGAAGAUCAUUGCAGAGUCUGCCAUAAGAGGUUUGGCAAUUCCGCAGUCAGGGUCUAUCCUGAUAAUGAGGUCAUUCAUUAUGGAUGUGUGGGCAGAAGUGGAGUGCAGAGGAUGAAGACAGGGCAGGGACAAGGCUUACAGGCCUUGAGACAGUUGCCAUGGAGUUAG